AUGGAAAUCUCAGCCCUCCACACCACAGCAAAAACAAUACUCCCUAGCAAGUGGCCCUCCACUGUCAAACAUCAUUCAACACCCUUGGCAAACCGCUUGGCCAUUCAAUCUAGUACAGACACCUGUGCACAAUUUGAAACUAGUCUUCAAAUUUCGACACUAAGAGAGCCAUCAGUUCAUGAAAUCAAUAAAGGUGUUUGGCGUAAGAAAAUCAUCACUGAAAUCAGAGGGCGAAGACAUGGAGUCCAUGAUUCCCAGAGCUUCUCUCAUGUGUCAAUUAAUGACUAUGAAUAUAUUGUGGAAGCCAUUGCCGGUGAUGAUGAUCAGUACAAUCCAUCAUACACACCCUCAUCCUCACAACUCAUUGUAAUCCUGCCUAGCCCAAUCUACGAGAAUUUUCUGAUGCCAUUGCGCAAAUCCAUGGAUGCUGUAUUUGUGUCCAUGGGUAUCACCCCAGAAUAUGCUACAGCUGUGGAAACUGAGGUGUCCUACUCUGAGACACAAGAAGACAUCCUAUCCAAACUCCAAGAUUACAUUGACAGUGCCCUGCAUAUUGACUCAUCGAAGAUAUUUGAUACAUUGAAUAAGGUGGAGUUAGUAGUGCCAUUCCACAAGUGGAUUCACAAGUACAACAAACCAUUUCCCAGACCAGUCACUGUGUUUCGCCACAACUGGGUGUCCACAGUUACAGUCACUGUCACUACGUGGCUCCGUCACCCUGCCAGACAACUUGAUCUGGAUGACCAUAACAAUGAGUUUUACCAAUGUAUGCUGGCAGCCAAGGAUGCUGCGGAGGAGUCUAGUGGUGAUGAGUCCAACAGUGAUGAGUUCCACAUUGACAAACCCUCCACAGCUGUCGAGGACCCUUCACUACUGGCUUGUUGCACAUGGGUUCCUCCAGCAUUGCUCUUCAAUUGGGAGAUGGUGGUGCCUUACUUGCAGAGGGGGUUGAAGCAGACCGGAUACAAUCAAUAUUCCUCUUGGUAUGAGAAUCUACUCAAAUGCAAGGCACUGGAGAUGGAAAAUUCGUCGGGUGGUGGAUCGACCAAGAGGAGCAGGAAGGUUUGA